GUGCUUGCAAGCCUUUGCAGCCCGACCUCACUUUCUAGUUUCUUCAAUCGCCGUGCCAGCCAUCAUUAAACAUCUGUUUAGAGCCUUCCAAAACCGAACUGCUCUAACCAAUAGCUGCGGCGCGCACACCACAUCACAUCCGAACUCCCCUGUAACAAAGUAUGCCGCCGCGCGGCCAACCACCAGGCUUUGCAAGUUCACCACAGGACAAUGUUGUAGCCCUAGAACCCGGCGCCGGGCCAGGGCCCAGCAGCCACGCCACGCAUCGGCCGCAACACACCACUCGCGGCCCGGCGCACCCGCUAAGCACCAGCACCGCCCAAUCCGCGCCAACGGGCGUGUUCGUGGACGCGGUCACGGGGCGACACGCCUCCACGUCAGCGGCAGACCUGCUAGCAAAGCGGCGUCUGACGUGGGACAAGCACUACGGCUGGACGUAUGAUGCCUGGGUGGACGAUCCGGCGCGAUACGCCCUUGCAGGCGCCAACGGCAGGUUCUCCCUGCCUGCGCUGGCUCGCGGUUUCACGGUGACUGUGGCUCAGGCUGCUGGCUCCGCCGCCCUGUUCGUGCAGCAGCACCGGCACCUGCUGCAGCCGCUGCAGCAGCAGCUGGCGGGGCUGGGCCGCGCGGCGGACGGCGAGGCCAGCAGCCUCAGCGGCGCGUGAGGAGGCUGGUGGAGGAGGAGGAGGGGGGAGGGGGAGGCAGGCUGGGAGGAGGCAGGCUUGGAGGGGGCUGGUGGGAGGAGGAUGCAGGCUGGGAGGAGGAGGCAGGCUGGGAGGAGGUGGUGCAGAGUGGGAGGAGGAAGUGCAGAGUGGGGGGAGGCGAUUGCGUUGUGAUUUGCGGAUGUGGGGUAGCCUUAGCGCGUGCGAGCCUGCGGGGCCGUGUAGGCUGGUAGAGGCGGCCUUUGGCUAGAGACGUGGGUUUGCGGCUGCCUUGAUGGCGGCGCUGUGGACGCGGGAGGAAGGCCGGGCACAGAUGGGCGCAGAUGGGCAGGGCUGGCAUGGGAGAGGCAUGGGAGAGGGGGAACCGCCAUGGGCACUUUUGUGCUGCUGGUGUGGCUGAUGCUCAACCCUGACGGUCACGCCUGACGGCGCGCCGGUGCCGGGGUCCGGGGCCCACGUCCGGCUGCGUGGAGGCCGGUGUAAACAUUAUGAGUC